CCUUCAGAGCGUGAACCAUACAGACACAUACCAGCAAUACUGAUUGCAUCAGAAAGAUGGUUUUCAAAUUUUACACCAUCGAUCUCACCGAGGAUGUCGAUGUUUCCACUCUGUUUCCUCCGCCUACUCCUCCUCCGUCAUCCACCGUUUGCCUUCCACUUGGCAAGAGCUUCACCCGAGCCAUGGCUGUCACGGGCAGAGCCGCUGAAGGCAUUUCUCUCGGGUUCACUGUUCCUGCUGUCGAGGUUUCUUGCUGGAGGCCGAAGACAUCAUCCGACGACUCGAAGCUCCAAUUACUUCAGCCCCAGGUGCAGCUUCGAAAAUUUACGUACCAGGAACUGGAAGUCGCAACUGGCAAUUUCAGCCAAGAGAAUGUUUUGGGCCGAGGUGGGUUUGGUACGGUCUACAGAGGAAUUUUGCUUGAUGGAUCUCUGGUGGCAAUAAAGAGAUGUUUCCGACCAUCUGGCUCUGCUGAAGUGGAGGUUGGGAGUAUGGCCAGGCACCGGAAUCUGAUCCAAAUACUAGGCUUUUGCGAUUCAACGGAACCACAAAAACCUGUCAAGAAAGGAAAGACAAGAACAGAACCGGUAGAGUACCUGCUGGUAUAUCCAUUGGCGGUCAAGGGAAGUGUAGCUUCCCAGUUAAAGGAGCGCACCGCAUUACAGCCCACUCUCGAUUGGCCUACCGGGAUGCACAUUGCCUUGGGAGUAGCGAGAGGGCUCUCGUAUCUUCACGAGGGUUGCAGUCUUCAGAUAAUUCACUGCGAUAUAAAGCUUUCGAACAUUUUGUUGGAUGAGAACUUUGAACCUCUAAUUGGGGACUUCGGCUUGGCAAAAUUCAUGAAUCACAAAGAUUGGAACCAGCAGAUCCAGAAGUCGAAAAGCACUGGGGCACAACACCAGAUGGCUGAAACCGAAGCAGUAAACAACCACGAGAGGCCCUUUUUGGCUCUGGAAAGAUCAGCAGAGUUAUACAGUACCUAUCGAAUAUGUGGUACAUACGGAUAUAUGCCUCCAGAGUAUAUGAUGCGAGGGGAAGUCUCGGCAAAGAAUGAUGUCUUCGCAUUUGGUAUGGUGCUCCUCAAGCUUGUCUCUGGUUUGAAGCCUCUUGUUCAUUUGUCGGAUCAAGGAAUGAAUGGUUUUAAGCGGGUGAAAUAUCUUCUGGAACAUAACGAGCUGGGAGGUCUGAUUGAUCCGAGCUUGAGAGGAGACUAUGAUGAGUAUGAGGCUAAGAAAUUAGUCAAACUGGCUCUCUUGUGCCUCCAAGAUUCAUCGACAAAACGACCCACAAUGUCGGAGGUAGUCCAGAUUCUAAACGGAAGCUGCUUAGAUGAAAGAUGGGAGAGUGAAAAAGAGGAGAUGGUAGCUGAUAUCUGGCAAACUAGGCCUCAAUCUUGCAGCAUCCUCACUGACUUAGCAUCUCAUCUUGAUCCAGUGGAGCUAUCAGGACCGAGAUGAUGUCGUUGUCCGGCAAGUGAGCAGCCUUAGCAUCAUAUUUUUACAAUGGUCAUGCACUAGUUGAGAAACACGCGUUUUCUGUUUUUCUGUUUUUUUUUUUUUCCCAAUGUGUUGUUGUCAUCUUUGUCAUUAAUUGAGAAUUUAAAAGAUCAUUAGUCAUUUCAAUGACA